UUUGCUUGACGGAUAGAUUUUUUUAGUGUGGUGCGUUGUGCGGCGGAUGGUUGUUGUUAUUUUCUCGUCUGACGAGAAACUCGGUGUGUCGUUAUUAUGUAAAAUUAUCCUUCUAAAAUCGGCAAGAUCUGAUUCAGAUUGAAUUUUCCCAAAAUGUCGACUGUUCUACUAGCAGUUAUUGCGGUCAUCUUGUGUGUACUUUUCCGAAUACUGAAUGUUAAUAGUCAGCCCCAAAAACCUGUGAUCUACGGAAGAGAUCGAAGUUUUAUUGAAAACAUUCUCUUUAUUUCACCGUUCCUAAAUGAACCAUACAUACCGACUCGUCUGUGGGGCUUCAGUGGGCAUGUGCAGACAAUUCUACACAGUCUAAUUGGACGUGUCCGUUGCCCCUGGCCCAUAGGCGGACGCGUGUCACUGGUGCUGCCCGACAAAUCCACCCUCACCUACGACCUCUAUGAGCCGGUUGGAAACGAACAUGAAGAUGACGUGACGGUCGCGAUCUGUCCCGGCAUCGGCAACACAUCGGAGAGCGUGUACAUUCGAACCUACGUCCACUACUCGCAAUGCCACGGCUACAGGUGCGCCGUGCUCAACCACAUCGGAGCUCUCAACAGCGUCCCAGUCACCGGCAAUCGGAUCUUUUCAUACGGGCACACAGAUGACUAUAACUACAUGGUGGAGAAUCUUUUGGAGCGGUACCCCAACACGAAACUAAUUCUAGUCGGAUUCAGCUUGGGUGGCAACCUGAUAUCUAAGUACUUAGGAGAGGACAGGAAGAGGCCCACGAAUAUCAUUGGCGGAAUCUCAAUAUGCCAGGGAUAUAAUGCUAUUGACACGAUGGUAUACCUCCUGCAAUGGCAGAACUUCCGUCGUUUCUACCUGUACAUAAUGACGGACAACUAUCGCAACAUUAUCACACGACACAAGAGGAUGCUGCUCAGCCCUGAGAUGAAGAACAGAUACAGUUUAGAUGAGAAGCAGAUCGUCUCCGCUGGUACAUUGCCUGAUCUCGAUGAAGCUUAUUCAAGGAAGGUAUAUGGCUUCGAUUCAGUGGCGGAUCUCUACAAAUGGAGUUCCUCAGCUUUCUACCUCCACAAUAUUAAGACCCCAAUGAUUUUCGUCAACGCUCGUGAUGACCCCAUUGUACCAGAACCCCUAUUGCCAAUUGUCAGGGAAUUUGUCAGCUCGCACGAUAAGGCGAUGUAUCUCGAACUGGCUCACGGCGGACACUUGGGUUUCUACGAAGGAGGUUUGGUGUACGCCAAUCCCGUCAACUGGCUGGACCGCGCCCUCGUCGGACUCGCCGGAGGUUUGCUCAUGGCGCAUAACAAGUGCUCACACAAAGAUGUCGCCGCCUCCGUCGAUUGCAUACCCUCAGAUGACGAACCAGACCUUAUCAAAUCAGCCACCAUCGUCUACCGUGAUCCAUUAGAAAAAGUACCCCAGUUGGCAUAUUAGAUUUAAUCCUGAAUCGUAGAGCAUUUUGGUAUACUUAUAUGUCUAAUAUUUAUUAGAAGAAAAAAAAAACUUAGUAUGAAAUGACUGCAGUCCAUUUCAUCGGCAGUAAAAUUUUGAUGAAGUACUUAAAUUGUGUUGUAAGUACAUCCGGAGGUAACGAUUCUCCACCGCGUUUUUAUACGUCCUAAUAAAUAGUUGAUAUAUUGAUGUAGAAGGCAAACCCGUAUUUACCAAAGCCUAGUAAAGGAACGGUGUUCCUUUUAUGCCCUAAGUAAGAUAUUAGGCAGGACCUAAGAGGCAAAAUAUGUUAUAAACGGCACAUAAGCUUUUUAUAAAUAUUUAUUGUGAAGUCGUUAUUGUUUUUCAGGCUUAUUGUCGAACUGUACGUGAAUUAAAUUAAUGAUAGUUGUUUUACGUUGUGAUUAGUUGAGGUGAGAAGGCGUGGCAUGGAUAAUAAUAGUUAUAUGUUUAUUUAAGUAUUGUUAUUAUCUAUAGCUUUAUAUUGCAGUCUGUUGUAACUUGCACAAAAUAUUUGCUUUUAUAUACAACACUGCCUAUAAGUUAUUUUGUCAUUGCAUAAUGAAUAGUGGCCUAGUGGCUAAGGCUGACAAAAGGAGAGUUUUGUGAGCCCUCCAACUUAAUAAUGUCCUCUAUGAAUUUGCCAGUGAUCAGACAAAAUAGUCAGUUUGGCUAUUGAAUUUAUGCCACACCUCACCUUCGCAAUUUAUUCGAAUGCACACAGGAGACACGGGCCUUUAGUUAUUUGUUACUAUUGUGAUAUACUUAACUGAUUAUUUAUAUAUUACGCAUUUUAAUCUAUGUGCCAAGUGCACGUAUAAAAUAUGACGGCCGUACAAACAUCGCUAUUUAACGGUCCUGGGUUCUAGUCCCGGUUAGGUCGAGUAGGUUAUAUGUAUUGUAUGUAACGUUAAUGUUUGAUGAGUGAGAAUCAUUUACAAACUGACGAGUACAUGAAAUUGAGAUAUUUAUCGAAUAAAUUGUUUGUAAAAUAUUUUUGUUGAAAUGAAUGGUAGAUAUAAAUGCAGUACAAAUACAGAUUUGCACAAUUUUAGUUGAAUGUUCGUGUUUAUUGCUGAUAGGUAGUCCUCGCAAGUUGGUUUAUUAGUAAUUUGUAUGUACUUACAUUUCAAUCUCAUUGAAUUCCCAAUGUUCCUAUGAAGUAGAUAGAGUUCAAUGUUGUUUUGUUUUGUGCAGUCAAUAUCAAAAGACGAUCAACCACGUCUAGAACUUUCGACCAAUCACAGGUUACAAAAUCUUAUGGGAACUGAUUGCAUUUGUUUGUCUUUUGAUUUUGAUUAUACUACAAAUUAAACUAAUUGCGAGAGUUAUUUUAAUUAUUAAUUUAUUUUCUAUUACCUAUAACAGAAUAAUCUGCAAUACACAAUUUCGUAUAACGAAUUUAUAUUGGAAACAUUGUGAAUUGACUGGAAAUGGGUUUUUAAAAUUAUGUAUUGUGACAAAGUUUGUUCCUAAGAAAACUUUUAACAUUAUGGAAUUGUUCGCUAAGCGAUGUCUCGUGAGCUUUGUUGCAGAGCUAGCUAAACUUCCGUCCAAUAAAAAUGUUCAUAAGUUGAAGGGAAUUGAGAGGGGAUUAUUCAAAUCCUGAAUAAGGUUUGAGAGGUGGGAGUUUGGUAUAAGUAUGUAAUGUAAAUUAGAAACCCAUUUCUAUAUUAUGAAAUUGAGGUCGAGAUAAAUAAAUAUUUCUUAGUAGAAACUAAAAAGUAUUUAUUUAUUUCGACUUGUAUAUAUUUUGGACCAAGUAAGGUCGAAAUUUGGAAAGGAUGUAAUAAAGAGGUGUGAUUAUAAACAGAUUUUCAUAAUACUUACGUCCAUUUGGAUGUGUGCGUAUGCGCAAAUGUGUGCUGCGUGGUAACUUCGAUGUUUUAAGCUAUGUGACUGCCUUCGAUGUUAGUUAUAUAUUUAUGUAAAGCUUUGCAUUUACCAUGAGUGGCGUUCGAACAUUGUUUCCGCUUGAGAGCGUUUGAUUUUCGGAGCCCGUUUAAAAAUGCAAAGCUAGUUUCGUCUAGGAUGUUUGCAGACGUAAAGAAACGUUUGUUAACGCAAUGUAAAGGCCUGCACAACUUAUUGAUGUAACGACGAAAGCCCCAGUUAUAAGGCCUAGUCAGUCUUAAAAUCUUUAAAAUAUUGUAGAGUUAUGAACCAUUGGAAGUUUAAAUUAAUUUGUUUGAACAUGCUGACAAUAAUCUACGUUUGGUAUUGUUGAAUUUUCCAUUAAAUAUCUAUUCCAUAAUUAUGAUCUCGCAGUGUGAAAUUCCGACAGCAAUAUGGGUGUUUUCUUGCCCGCCGACCAUAGCCAAUAAACAUCUUUUGAUGUUUGCGCCAAAGCUAAGAGUAUACGGUGUAAAAUUUUAGUGCACAUAAAAUGUAGAGAGGAUAUGGAGCAUAACUUCAGGAGUUCAAGUUCUCAUAUAAAUCUUUAGUGGCGGGUAUAAAGCAUUUAUGUAGACAUUUCCAAAUAAUUCCACUGAUUAAAUGUUAAAUGUGUUACUGAGUGUGUUCAUGUAGAAAGAUUGGCAAAACGUUUGUUAGAAAUUUAUUAUCUUUUAGUAUAUUGUGUCUGUACUCGCUUGACUUGUAUUCAAAUAACCAAGCCAAGUAGACAUUUUUCUAGGCGUGUAGUUAUAAGAAUUGAGCAAGUAUGACACUUGCGGAAAUGUCAAUAUAUUUUUAUAAACUAAUAACUUUCUCUAACUGGAUUUUGAACAUAUAAAGUUUAUUACUCGGUGGUUUAUUAAAAUCUCGAUUUAACAUUUAACGAUUUACGUAUUUACUUGUUUUUACCACGUUACGGGGUUUUUGCACGAUGUAACGUUACGGAAAUACAGUUUAGUGAAGCAUAGCGAUACUCAUAGCUUUCAAUGUGAUAGAUUCAAAUGUGUUAUUGCUGUCUAUAGAUAAAUUGAGAUUACCAGUACAAAGUUUUGAAGAUAGGAUCACACCAAUACUAUAAUAAACAAAUUAUUGUAAUGUUAAUAACUGACAGUACAUAUUCUUUGUAUUUUAAAUCAAUUAGAAUGAUGUAUGCUACUUAAAUGACUUGAUGUAUGUCAGAAUCGCCCAAAUGUAAUAUUUUAUUUAUGUACACGUAAUAAACGUUAAAAUGAAUAACA